AGUACUCGCCAUCGGUGCUCGACAAACCUCAGCUCGUAGUUUUUUAGUGCUCGUGUCGUGUGAAGAAAAAGUCCGCCAGGGUAGUAUGUCAGAGUCUGAUCACAGCUGUCGGCAUCCAAGCUGCUUCGGCCAUUUUGGAGGCCUCCAUCUGUUUCAUCUGGCUGCGUGGAGGAAGCCCGAGUUAGUUUGACCAUGAGUGGAUGGAGGAAAAGCCCUGAGGGCCGCGGCUGCCCGGGCCAGAGAUCCUGCCGAUCUCCGCCUGGCACCGAGGCCUCGUACCGCUGGCAUCAUCACAGGAAAAGCUGGCGUCGAGCCGACAUCCCGCCGGCUCCAGAGCAGCCAUUGGACAGAUACAAGUGGAGGACAUCUGCUCGGCUGACAGCUAGGGCGGGCAGGAUGGCCGCCCCCGAGGGCAGAGCGCACGCCGCCGAGCCCGUCCACCUGCGGUUCCUCAGCCUGCCCAGGUUCAGCAGCGCCGCCGCCUCGGGCCGCCCCUCUGCUCCCACUGAGCCCGCGGGCCAGCGGCGGCCCGGCUCGCGCCACAGGAUCAUCCCCUUCUUCAGGUCUCUGUCUGAGCCUGGCGCCGGCAGCGGAGGUGGCGGCUCAGAGAAGAAGCCGCUCAGGAAGGCGGGAUCGGACGCCGAGCAGAGCGUUCCCUUCGUCAGCGGCCUCCUGACCUCUUGGACUCGCAGGAUCAGCCGAGUCCUCAGCCGGGACGAAGUCGAGCCCCCUGCAGCAGAGUCUGACGUGAAGGGCCCGCCGUCCCACCGCUUCUCGUGCGGUCAGAGCCCGCAGACCGACAGCAGCAUGUGGGACAGGAGGUUCUGCAUCCUGACCGACAGCCAGCUCAUCCUGCUCAACAGAGACGACGAGGCUGCAGGCGACGCCCAGGAGAGCCCGUCUGACUCGGCGAAGGGUCGCAGCCUCCGCAGGACCGUCAGCGUCCCCUCAGAGGGACAGUUCCCUGAGUUUCAGACAGAGGGCGCCACCGUGCCGGAAGUUUCUGCGGAGCGUUCUCCGAGGAGGAGGAGCAUCUCAGGCCUGGGCAGCUCAGAGAAGAGCGUCGCCGUCGACAAUCCCAACUCGUCUCCUUUCAAAGUGCCGGGGUUCUUCAGCAAGCGUCUGAAAGGCUCCAUCAAGAGGACGAAGAGUCAGACCAAACUGGACAGAAACACCAGCUUCAGACUGCCGUCGCUGCGGCCCGCCGAGCCCGACAGGACGCGGGGGCUGCCCAAGCUGAAGGAGUCGACCUCCCAUGAGUCUUUGCUGAGCCCGGGCAGCGCGGUGGAGGCUCUGGACCUCGGCAUGGAGGAGGACGUCUACAUCAAACCUCUGCACAGCAGCAUCCUGGGACAGGAGUUCUGCUUCGAGGUGACGUACUCAGGAGGCAGCAAGUGUUUCAGCUGCGCCUCGGCCUCCGAGAGAGACAAGUGGAUGGAGAACCUGAGGAGGACGGUCCAGCCCAACAAGGACAACUGUCGGCGGGCGGAGAACCUGCUGCGUCUGUGGAUCAUCGAGGCCAAAGACCUGCCGCCCAAGAAGAAGUAUUUCUGCGAGCUGUGCCUGGACGACGUGCUGUACGCCCGCACCACCAGCAAGACCCGGCACGACAGCCUGUUCUGGGGCGAGCACUUCGACUUCUCCGGCCUGCCCGCCGUGCACAGCGUCACCGUGCACAUCUACCGCGACGUGGACAAGAAGAAGAAGAAGGACAAGAACAACUACGUGGGGCUGGUGAACAUCCCGGUGGCCGGCGUGACGGGCCGGCAGUUCGUGGAGAAGUGGUACCCGGUCAGCACGCCCACCACCAGCAAGGCCAAAGGCGGCGGGCCGUCCAUCCGCAUCAAGUCGCGCUUCCAGACCAUCUCCAUCCUGCCCAUGGAGCAGUACAAGGAGUUCGCCGAGUUCGUCACCAACAACUACACCAUGCUGUGCUCCGUGCUGGAGCCCGUCAUCAGCGUCAAGAACAAGGAGGAGAUGGCCUGCGCCCUCGUGCACAUCCUGCAGAGCACCGGCCGCGCCAAGGACUUCCUGACAGACCUGGUGAUGUCGGAGGUGGACCGCUGUGCCGACCACGACGUGCUGAUCUUCAGGGAGAACACGCUGGCCACCAAGGCCAUCGAGGAGUACCUGAAGCUGGUGGGCCAGAAGUAUCUGCACGACGCGCUCGGUGAGUUCAUCAAGGCUCUGUACGAGUCGGAUGAGAACUGUGAGGUGGAUCCCAGCCGCUGCUCCAGCAGCGAGCUCGCCGAGCAUCAGAGCAACCUGAAGAUGUGCUGCGAGCUGGCCUUCUGCAAGAUCAUCAACUCCUACUGCGUGUUCCCCCGCGAGCUGAAGGAGGUGUUUGCGUCCUGGAAGCAGCAGUGCGUCUCUCGCGGCCACCAGCAGGACAUCAGCAAGCGUCUGAUCAGCGCCUCGCUCUUCCUGCGCUUCCUCUGCCCCGCCAUCAUGUCGCCGUCGCUCUUCAACCUGAUGCAGGAGUACCCCGACGACCGGACGUCCCGCACGCUCACGCUCAUCGCCAAGGUCAUCCAGAACCUCGCCAACUUCGCCAAGUUCGGCAACAAGGAGGAGUACAUGGCCUUCAUGAACGACUUCCUGGAGCACGAGUGGGCGGGGAUGAUGCGUUUCCUGUCGGAGAUCUCCAACCCGGAGACGCUGUCCAACACGCCGGGCUUCGAGGGCUACAUCGACCUGGGCCGCGAGCUCUCCGUCCUGCACGCCCUGCUGUGGGAGGUGGUGUCCCAGCUCGACAAGGGUGAAAAUUCCUUCCUGCAGGCCACCGUAGCGAAGCUGGGCCCGCUGCCCCGGAUCCUGGGUGACAUCUCUCGCUCGCUGGCCAGCCCCACGCCCGUCCAGCAGCAGCUCCGCCGCUUCCAGGACCAUAGCUCCGCCCACAACAUCAGCGGCAGCCUGUCGUCCGGCCUGCACCGCAUCUUCGAGGACCCCAACGACAGCGAGGGGCGGAGCCUGCAGUCCCCGGCCGGCGAGCCGAUGGACGGCUACCUGCGAGGCCAGCGCCCCCUGCUGGCUCAGAAGCUGCCCUCCACGCACAGCGCCAGCUUCUCCGACCAGGAGGAGCGCGACGGCCUGCUGCCCAACGGCCGCAGCAUCUCAUUGGUGGACCUGCAGGACGCCCACAGCCUGCACUCCGCCCCGGGGCCGCCGCCGCACCACGAGGCCCCGCCCCGGCUCAGCAGGGUGGGCUCCCAGGCCUCCGUCGGCCCCGCCCAGCCCCAGAACCACCACGGCCAGCCGGGCUACACGCCGCCCGGCGCCCUCACCCCCCAGCCGGCGCCGCACCAGGCCAAGGCCCCGCCCCGGGACGGCCUGCCGCAGAGCGCCCCGCAGGCCCGGCGCCCGCUGCACCCCUCGCUCAGCCAGCAGCGCAGCCUGCAGCCGCUGUCCUUCCAGAACCCCGUCUACCACCUCAGUAACCCCGCCCACGGCCCCGCCCACGGCCCCGCCCAGGCCGCGCGCUCCGCCCACUCGCUGCGGCGGGACUCCAGCUCGGAGAACCUGAGCACGGAGAGCUCGCACAACAGCCACAGCAACUCCGACGACUUCGGCAGCCAGGUGGGGGUCAAAGGUCGCGUGCCGUCCAACAGCAGCCUGGAGGAGUUCGGCAGCAGGCGGAGCACGCAGAGCGAGGAGUGCUCCACGCCGCGCCGCCACGCCCCCUCCGACCUGCCGCCCGGAGCCGCCACGGCGGUGGCGAUCCCCCGGCAGAGCACCACGGCCGGCACCGCCCACAUCGUCAGGGUGGAGCAGCAGAGCCGAGGAGGGGGCGGAGCCAGGACGCCGCGCUCCCUCCCGCACAGCGCCUCCCUCCGCAGCAGCAGCAGCGCCAACACCGAGCCGGCUCCGCCCCCGCCGCACGCCGCCAGCCGCCAGCAGUCCACCUGCUCCGUGGAGAGCCCGGUGCCCGCCCUGCGGAGCGCCGCCAAGCAGCCGCAGCAGGUGCAGUCUCCGGUGGACACGGCGGCCAUGUCUCCGGUGGAGCGCACGGCGGCCUGGGUGCUCAAUAACGGGCAGUACGAGGAGGAGGAGGAGCCAGAGAGGAGCAGGGAGGAGGGCAGGAACACCGAGAAGUACGAGCAGGAGAUCGUGCGGCUGAAGGAGCGUCUGCGGGCGUCGGGCCGGCGGCUCGAGGAGUACGAGCGCCGCCUGCUGGCUCAGGAGCAGCAGAUGCAGAAGCUGCUGCUCGAGUACAAGAGCCGGCUGGAGGACAGCGAGGAGCGCCUGAGGAGGCAGCAGGAGGAGAAGGACAGCCAGAUGAAGAGCAUCAUCUGCAGGCUGAUGGCGGUGGAGGAGGAGCUGAAGCGGGACCACGCAGAGAUGCAGGCGGUCAUCGACGCCAAGCAGAAGAUCAUCGACGCUCAGGAGAAGCGGAUCAUGUCCCUGGACGCGGCGAACUCGCGGCUGAUGGCGGCGCUGACGCAGGUGAAGGAGCGCUACAGCAUGCCCAACCUGCCCAACCUGCCCAGCCUGCGCAACGGCCUGUCGCCCACCAACCCCACCAAGCUGUCCAUCACUGAGAACGGAGAGUUCAAGAACAGCAGCUGCUGAUUGGCCCCGGUGCUAACGAGCCUCGUUAAGGACCAGAGUGAGGGGGCGUGGCCUCAGCUCUCCAAACUCCGCCCUCCUC